AUGUCCAUCCCAGGUUUUGAAAUCCUAACUUUGGCACCAGAGGAUGAUUACAACUACAAUAAUAAUAUCGAUGAUCCAGACGACAGCACGGUGUGCAAUUAUAUCGAUGACUCUUUCUGCCAAGAGAACCUCUUCCAGAUUCUACCGCUUAUGCCAGAAGAAUCAUCAAUCGAUGAGAACAACCACAUUCAUUCACACGUCAAGCUCUUUUUCGAAGAGUUAGGUGUCUUGACAGAAGAGCCAGAGCCAAUUGAUCCAACACGCGAUUAUGAUGCUGAAGCACGGCAACUGCUUGAAGAACGAGAUCGCACUCGACAAAAGCAUGUUCAAUUAUCUGAAACUCCUUCAUUAUCUUCAUCCCAAUCAGGCCUAUCAUCCACCUCGUCCUCCUGUCAUCAUCACGACCAUCACCAUAACGACUAUUCCAAUGAUAAUACACGAUCACCCCUAUACAUGGGUCAUGCUGGUGGCCCAAAUCAUCAUCAUCAUGCUACAUCCCCCAUGCCUUAUUCUUCUCCUUAUCAUCCGAUCAAAACGGUACUUGCGCACGAGCCUUCCAGCAGCACCACCCGUCAUCAUCCCCAUGCUACCAACAUCCAUCAUUAA